AUCCACGUCUUCACUCUCCCUUGGUUCGAAGUGAAAUGGUCUGUCGUGUGCCACGAAGCAACUGGUGCUCAGGUCACAGUUUACCCACGCGCACAGCACCCACGUACACAGUGUAGAGAGGGCCCUUAGCAGGCAAACAAACGCACAAGCACCGCCACCAUCAGCAACAGCAGGCUCACCAGUGCCGUGAAAGUGCAAUGCCGCGAUCAGAAGUGUGGCUAGAGAAACAAUUGGGGUGGCCAGGCGCAAGAAAGUGGCCACAGUCUGGGAUUUGGCCCAAGUCGUGUCCUUUGCCUGGGUUGCGGAUAUGGCCAGGUGCUGGGAAGGGGUCAGCAGGACUCGGGACACCAACACUGUUGGUGGUGGCACCAUUGCUGGCCCUGCUGGUGACCCUGCUGGCCACGGGCGUGGGCGCCCAGUACGAGCGCUACAACUUUCGGAGCUUCCCCCGGGACGAGCUGAUGCCCUUGGAGUCGGCCUACCGCUUCGGCACGGACCAGUACACGGACGAGAAGUGGCCCGAGUGUGUGGAGUACCUGGAGAUGAGCCUGCGGUUGCACCGGCUGCUCAAGAACAGCGAGGCUUUUUGCAACCUCAAUUGCAGCCAGCAGACCAUGCAUCAGCACCUUGAGCAGCUGGCCCUGCACAAGCAGAAGAUUCAGCAGAGCCAGGAGCAAAAAGACCAACAGACCUCUGAGCUAAAUCUGCAGCAGACUCAGGAGCAAAAGAACCAGCAACUGUACAUGAAUGUGCCCGAUGAGAAGGAGGUGGCUCCUGCCACGGACAGCAAGGAGGAUGAGCUGGGAGAGCUCAGGACCUUUGCCAUGCUGCUCAGAAGGGCUCAGUGUCUCAAGAGAUGUAAGCAGGUGCUGCCCGCUUUUCGACAGUCGCUGCCCACCAGAGAACUACUCAACGAUUACGAAAACCGGGUGCCCUACCAGUUCCUGCAGCUGUGCUACUUCAAGGUUAACAAUGUGCCCAAGGCCAUAGCGGCCACCUACACAUACCUGCGCAAGAACCCGGAUGACGAGAUGAUGCAGAAGAAUAUGGCGUUCUACCGCACACUGCCAAACAUAGAGGACGAAUAUUUUCGAGACCUGGAGGCUCUUGCAUAUGACGGCACGUUCGUGGCUGCAGCCAAGGCCUUCAAUGCAGAGAACUAUCAGACCUGCAUCACGAACAUGGAGCAGACCCUGCCAGUGUACUUCAAGGCUUAUGACGACUGCUCAGCAGGCUGCGAGGGCUCGCGGGAGAUCACCCACUUCAAGGACUUCUACCCCUCCAUCGCCGACCACUUUGUGGAGGUGCUCCACUGCAAGCAACAGUGCGAGGGGAAACUUACGCCCGUGGUCGGGGGCUUCUUGGUGGAAAAGUUUGUGCCGACCAUGUACCACUACCUGCAGUUCUCCUACUACAAGCAGGACAACUUCAAACAGGCAAUAUCGUGUGUCGCCUCCUACCUCCUGUUCGACAAGAAUGACACGGUGAUGAAGCAGAACUUUGAUUAUUACCAGUUCCACCGUGACUCUCUCAAUCUCACCGAUGAGGACUUCAACGCCAGACCAGAAGCACUCAAAUACCACAGCCAACUGAUACUGCAGGCAGACCUCUUCCGGUUUGUACAGGAGCACUUCCAGCCAGAUGACGAGAUGGAAAUAGAGGAUGGGGUAGCGGGGGCAGCGUCCCAAGGAGAAGAAAAAGACGGUGUUUCCGACGCCGAGUUUGAGGGAGAGGGCGACUACGAAGAGGGCUUCUUUUCUGAUAAGUGGUUGCAGGGCUUGCGUGAGCGGGGAGACGUGGGCCACCGGGAGACCUACACCUGACGGACACGCACGAAUGUAGCAUGGCCUCAUGUCCAGUCGAGAAGGGUGCACCCAACUGUUGUUGCGAGUGAUGCUCAUUGUAUAUUGCUGCUUAGCCCAAGAUUUAGCCACCUGUCGGAGCCAUCAAUCAUUAGCGACACAGUCGGUACGCCACAACCAUUUGUAUUGAGAGCAGUGGGAAGGUACUGCUCUCUAUUGUUGAUCUUGAGACAAUGGUGGAAAUUCUUCAUUUCCACAUUCCCAUGCAAUAGUCCCUCAGUUAACAGUGACAUCGGUGAACGGUUUUUCGGUUAACGUUUCGCUUCCCAUGGAACCCCAUGGUUUCGACUAACGUUAACAUUUUGAUGAACGGUACGUUCAUGCGAUGCACGUGGGUGCCAAUUUCGGCCAAUUCGAGCGUUUGUAAGUAUAUAUUCGAUACACAGUUAUUUCGUUUAACAGUCGUUUUCGUGGAACGGAUUAAAAAUGUUUUUAAAUUCUGAUUGUGAGUCGAACACUCUAAGCCAGCACCACUGAGCAAGAUAAUAAACAAAUGGCCAGGCUGUUAUUUGCCUUUCCAAACUUGUUGAAGCGACAUGAAGCCAUGUUCAUUCAUAUGUCGGGCAGUGGCAAUGAAAGGCACAUUUUUGUGCUUGUGAUUCAAGGUUUUAAAUGUACAUGUUUCUUUGACUGUCCAGCUAAUACAUAAAAAGAUUAUGCCAAAAAAAUAAUACAGAUAUCACACUUUAACGAUUGUGUGCAGUUCAUGUGAUAUAUUUAGGGGUUUUUGUUAUGAGAUCUGGUAGAUUUUUUGUUCAAAUGUGGCAUUUCAUUCAUGGUACCACAUAACCUUUGUGAGCAUUCUCUAUAGAUUUACAUAAUUCACUUGUAACCUAUGUGGUGUGUUCUUUCAUCAAAGUGAUAAUAUACAUUUCCUUGUAUGAUUUUUUUUUCCUUUUUGACCCCAAGUGCUGUAGAGCUUCAUAUGGCAAAAAUACAGGAGACUUAAAAAACUAAAUGAAUGACAAAAUAAGUGUUUUCGCAUUUAGACUUUAAGCUGUGACCUUCAAAUUACACUUUAUAUUUUUAUACAUUUAUACUUACCUGGUGCUGCAUUGAUCAGUCAUUUAUUUUAGUGCCUCUGACAUUUUCAAAUGAUGACCCUGUAAGCCAUAUUGUUUACGAUAACUGUGUUGGCUUGUUUCCAUGGAUUUGUAAACUUCUGGACAAAAUGUGGAGUAUUCAGUUUCUGUUCUUCUCUCCACCAAAAUAUCACUCAGGAAUGCCCCAAAAUGUUUUUUCCUGGACUCAAGCACCGGCGAGAUCCCUCGUUCUAAGCUGGGCGCAGUCAUAACAUUCUCAAGAAGAGGGACCGUAUAGUCGCCAACGACUGCACAAAAUUAGUCAUUAAAUUUAGGUUUGACAUUAAAUUGGAUUUUCCUGCUCUCAGAACGUUUUGGAUGAUUGACAUGCAACACACAUUCUCCACAGUCUAGUGCCAAGUGAGAGAUACCUCUUGAGGUUACUCGAGAAAUAGUUACGUGACAUCUCCUAGGAACGUUCCAUGACCCGACUUUACGGUCUGAUGACUGUGAGAAUUCCAAACCGCAUAUUUCUCAUUAUUAUGACUCUCGUGGGAUACUUGGGGAUGUGCAUCAUGAUGCAACGUCCAGAAAAAGAAAGCCAGCUCAAGUUUGGUUUGGUGAUCAUAUCACUCGAAGGUGUUUUUUCCAUAACCGAAUAAAUUUCGUGUUUCUAGGAUUUAAUUUAAAAAAAUCAUAACAGUAACUCCAACCUUAUAAAUAGCCAUUCAUCACCAUUAAUUCUGUAUCACCUCCCACAAAAAAUGUGUUUAGUCUUUCAAUAAAUUGGCUUUUCAGACUUGUAUUAACCAUCAGCAUUUGUUUUAAUGCACAAAUUGUGGACCUCCUUUCACUGUCUUGGACUCGUGGGUGUAGGUAGAUGGACUCAAAUAUCAGUUUAACACUAGGCUUUCACAAUCAAUUUCAUCCAUAAUACAGUUUUUUUUGGGUUAGUUCGCGUAAAUAUAAAUGUGUCGUUAAACCCACCACCUCCAGACACAGGCAAUUAUUAGGGUUUGUCAUGUAAACAGAACAUUCCAAUUCAUUACUAGUACAGAUCUUGACAAACCUUAAUAAUUGGCUGUGUCGGGUGGUGGCGGGUUUAAUGACACAUUUAUAUUUACGCGAUGUAACAACAAAAAACUAUUAUGGAAGACUAAAAUAUAUUUGCGUGUGAAUAUACAGAUUGAAAUGUGACUUAUUUUUAAUGUGUGACCUGUAUGCUCCAAAACAAUGCUUGUUUAGGUUUUAAUCCAACCUAAUGUUCGCGUUUUUUAUAUGUAUGUAUAAUUAUACACCCAUCACUGUGCGAUGAGAAUGUGUGUAACGAUAUAUCGACUCAUCGAUUCAAAUCUGUUCUUACAUGCACAAUAUGUCAAUUUGUGCUUGGAAAUGAUAUACUACUAAUGGUGUAUUUCGCCUAAUUAUAUGGACACAGCAAAAAUACACAGGAAAAUAACAGAAACAGUGCAAACAAGACGGGAGAAAAAUUAAGAAUGAAAUCCGGAUCCAGAGGCAUUACGAUUUCAUCAAAUCACUGGAGGGGGGAAUCUGCUACAUGCAUCGCUGUUCAUGAUCGUGCUCAAGACUCUUCAAGUUUUGGGUGUUUCAUGCAAUCUCAUCAUGUUAAAGUAUUGUGAAAAGACGGAGCAACACUGACUAUACAACCGUCACGACUACAGCACCAUUUAUUAAGCUCCUCCGUAUCAGCAAACACUAUUGGCGCAAAUUCAGUAUUGUUCUCUGCUUUAAAAUUGUUAAACAAAACACAAGCAAAAAUACAAAAUGAACUUCAACAUAUUUAACUCAGAAAUUGCUAAUAUUUACAUUAGCAAUGCCAGUUCAUUGCUUUAAAAAAAAAGUGUGAUUUUUGUUUUAUUGGCAUGUAUCCAUCACAUGUUUGUAAGUUCUUUAACAAUGCUGGCUCAUUACCUGGUCACACUGCUGUUAAUUGCGAUGCUUUAAUGGAAAUAAUGGAGAUUCUAGUUGUAGCUGCUGCUUCAAAUGAAUCAUUUUUCCCACCCCACCAUCCCGGGGCAGUGAUAGAUUUUAAGCAUAUGAAAGGAGACUUCUCGCUAGCGGCUGAGUUAGCGUUGUCAUUUGCACGCGCAUUAUACUUUGUGAAACGCGGUCCAUGAAUUGACGUGUUCCUCUUGGAAUCGGCUAGUAGAACAAUACCACAUAUUCGGCGACAGUUAUACUGUAAGCAUGCUGAUUGGUAAGAUUUAAAUUUGUGUCGGAAUUGCAGGUAGUUUUAUUAUGCGGGAAAAGAAAGUGUUAGGUUUUAUGGCCAGACUGCAGGGUUAUGUAUAAAUUGAGAAAAGGUCAGGUUAAGGAUGGCAGACUUUCUACUUUGAGGAUUAUUAUUAACAGCCCAGGAAAGACUUUCACUUGUAUAGAUGAGUUAUACGCAAUACUGAGAAACGUAUAUCACUACACUGUGCCAUGUCGUUUGCGCAAAACCCAGCCGGUUGGCAGCCUGCGCCUUUGUAUGCUUUGUGGUGAGUACAGGUUUGCUCUGUCCGAGCACGUGGAAUCCGUGCUCCAUUUUUUUUCAUUGUACUCAUUUUCUUACGCCAGUAAAUGCCAAAUCGUAUGAAUAAAGUGCCUGCCUUUCCCCCAUGCUUCCCCAUGAUCCCCAGUCCUGGUGCCUUGAGGAUAUUCGCUGCACGGUUUUUACAUCUGCUAAUCCAGAGACUGCCUCUGGCGUUACUUUUGUGCGUGUUUCGUUAUUAUUUUGCAUGCAAAGAAAUGUGUUUUGUCUUUUUUUAAGUGUAAUAAAAUGAGAGUGAACAUG